AUGAAUGUGGAACGAGAAUACUCUGUGGUGGGGACUUGGGAGCAUACGAACGAAACCCUUGCUGUUUUAGAGGCCUACGUUCCUCGCUAUUUUGCGGAUGCCUCCAAAAUGUACUACUCGGGUCUGCAUGUCGACAAGCAAAAUGUUAACCCAAUGAAGCCGCAUAUAUCGCAGGAUAUUUUAGAUAUGGUUCGUCGGAAUUUCACACGUGAAAUCGAGUUCUAUCAAUUCUGUCGUCAGCGUUUGCACAAGCAGUACCUUGCGAUCAAACUGAACGAUCUCAAGCGGGUGGACAAGUCAUUGGCCAGAUUAAGUGAGGCUAAAGAUAUGGCUAUCAACAACUAGUUUAUUUAGAUUUAUAAUUAAUCGAAAUUAAUAAAAAUGACUGGAGAAACUAAGACUUUCCUUAAAUGCCGAAAAGUUUACCUUCGAGUUAUCUCAGUUAAACAAUAAUCCCUACUGUCUACAGCUUUUUUUAUCAAAAUACCAUUUUCUCUUUCCUCUAAAACCAAGACUAAGGGUGGGAAAGGUGCUGUCUUGCUGAAAGACUACUGAUCCCAUCGGGGGAUACUAAAGUUAGUUCAUCCGAAUCUUGAGUAAAGCAAAUAAAUUACUAGUAAACUAAGCUCUUCUAUUAAUUUAAAACUAUCGCUUAAUAACCGACCAAUAAAAACGAAACUAUCCUUUUAUUCUGCUCGACCUUCCGAUUUCAACGGGAAAUACUCUAUAUCGCUUUAUAAUCGGAACGAAUAGAAUUCAUAAGACCGCUGCUUACUAACCAGGCAUGGAAUAGGAUCACCAGGCUGAUAUUCCUCU